CUCAGGUGAUCAUGGGAGCGGCUGUCCUCAGCUAAUCUGGUAUCAGUUCUUUAUCUUUUGAUCCAGAAGAAGGCCAGAACCCCUGGACACAUUUUGUUCAUUCCUGCUCUGAGGGCAAAACUUGACUAGAACCUGGAUCAAACCUGCUAACAGCUUAGAUCUUCAGCAGAAAAAUGUCAUGAGGAGGAUGGUCCAGGUGAUGUUUUUCCUUACUCUGAGGUACCAGGAGCCCCUUGCUAAAACCGAAUAGCCCCAACAUGUCUUAUUCUCCUCUGCUGGUUCCCUUACUAUCAGACCCCCCAGUCUACACGUCUGGCUUUACGCCCCGCAGCAUCCAUAGGAUCCUAAUACAGCACCCUCCUUGUACAGAUGCAAAGCUGGAGCUGAUGAAGAUUCUCAGGAGCCCCUUAAGGAUUCAGCAGCCCCCAGCUCACACCCCUGGCUAUCUCACAUGGCUAGAAGUCAGCAGGUUACCCCCUCUCCUCACAUUACGCCAAGACAAACCCCAUGACAGUGCUGUGUGGAGAGAGAUCACUGCAGCUCCUACCUGUCCAGGACCCCGGGAGACCAUCCCUCCACCGUCCCACAUGGAGGAGAACACAUGGGAUAAAUUUGUUUGCUGCAGCAGAAUUCGGAGAAGCGAGAGAGAUUUGAGGGCACUUCGCAUACGUAGCCAAGGAAGGGCACCCCCUACAGACACUUAUGGAAAUAUCCUACCUCCCGAAGGUUUCAGAAGAUACACGGCGCCACGUAUAACCACUGCAGCUGGAUCAGAAGAGGCAACCAUCCCUGUGAAGACAGGAUUUUACAGUGUGCCCCAGUUCCCCCACAAACCCCGAAAACUGACCGCAAAGAACAUGUCCCCCAACUACCAGGAAAUCGAACAGAAAUACCGGGAGCUGCAAAGAGGAGCACGUAGUGUCGCACCUUAUAACAGCCGAAUGACCACUCCGAGGACAGCGUUACAAGUGACCCAAGCGAGACCCCCCAACAGCGGCAAAAACUGAUAUUAUAAUAAAAUACAUGACAGUAUGUAGAGCUGCAACUGUAUCACACACACGCAAUAGGCUUAGAUACAUAGCUCAGGACAGUAGAUAAGGGUAGAUACACAGCUCAGCAGAGAAUAUUGCACAUUAAAGGGCUGAGAGUAUCAUAACCAUUAGGUUUAGAUACACUAGUUUUACAGA